GCCAGUUGCAGCGGGCGAAGCAAAUAACGGGAAUAAUUUAAUGCGGCUUGGGGUGCACGCGAGCAGGUCAAUCCUCGCACUCCACCUCCUGCCCGCCUCCGCAGCCGCAUCCGUAGCCAUGCUGGAUCCACCGCCCCACCACCGGUAGCUGCGGCGGCGCCGGAGGGAUGAAGAACUUCCUCAGGAAGCUGCACAUCGGCGACUCAGCCGGCGGCGACGGCGCCUCGUCGCUGUCGGCACCUCCCCCGCCGCCGACGAAGAAGGGCGGCGGCGGCGGGGGCGAGCACAAGCACGCCUCCGGGUUGUCGGGCUGGCUAAGCUCCGUGACUGGGCGGCCGCACGCGCCGCCGCCCCUCCCGGCGCCUGCUGCUGCUGCGACGGCGGCAGAGGUGGAGGCGGAGGAGAACGCGUUGGCGACUGCGCUGGCUUCGUCGGUUGAGGAGAGGAGGGCUGCCCGGGAGGAGGAGUCCCGGAAGGAGGCGGAGGACGAGAGGAAGCGGGAGGUGGAGAUGGAGAAGAAGGAGAAGCGGGAGGCGGAGCUGGAGGACUACCACAUGCAGCUAGCGCUCGAGAUGAGCGUGCGGGAGGACCCCGAGGCGAUGCAGAUCGAGGUGGCCAAGCAGAUCAGCCUCGGCUCCUGCCCGCUCCAGAGCUCCCCCGCGGAGGUCGUCGCCUUCCGAUACUGGAGUUUCAAUGCCCUUAGCUACGACGACAAAAUUUUGGAUGGUUUCUAUGACCUUUGUGCAACUGGGGAUGAGCCGACAUUAUCGGCCAUGCCAACAUUAUCGACCAUACCCUCUCUGAUGGAACUGCAAGCGCUGCCUUUUUCACAUGGAGCCAAAACCGAAGCUGUAUUGGUCAACAGAACACUAGACUCUGAGCUUGUAGCACUGGAGCAGAAGGCAUUUAUCAUGAGUGUGGAAUUUCGCUCGAAAAAUUCAGAGUUUGUUGGCCGCACUUUGGUUCAGACUCUAGCUAAUUUAGUUUCCAACUAUAUGGGUGGACCAGUGGUUGAUCCAGAAAGCAUGCUGUUGAAGUACCGGAAUAUGACCAGUGCAUUGAGAGCUGAUAUAAGAAGUGCAGUUAUACCUCUUGGGCGGCUAAAAGUUGGUUUGGCUCGGCACCGUGCACUGCUUUUUAAGGUGUUGGCAGACAGCCUUGCUGUUCCUUGUCGACUAGUUAAAGGAAGGCAGUACACUGGAUCAGAUGAUGGAGCUUUGAACAUUGUGAAAUUUAAUGAUGGAAGGGAAUGCAUUGUCGAUCUCAUGGUAGAUCCUGGUACUCUGAUUCCAUCAGAUGGUGCCGACCUGGGUAGAGAAGUGGAAGACAGUUUAUUCGUUGAUGAUCAACAUGACAGCGACACUCAGUUGGUUUAUUCUUUCAGUGAAGCUUCAAGUUCCAUUCACGGUUCAUUUGAAAAUGAAUCGCUUGAAAAAGGAUUCACACCUAGAAAUGCUGGGCAUUCUGGUCCAUAUGGAGCAACAAAUGCCCAGACUGAUAAUGACGUAUCUGGGUCUGGGGUAUCAAGUUCAUUUGAGGAACUAUCAAUUUCCACAUAUGCAAGUGAAAAUGUGCCUAUUAUUCAUGAAUCUAGUGCAGAUCAUAUCAUGACUUCAAAAAGCAAAGAUAAGUCGAUCACAUCAAAUAAUUCGUCAUCAAGUUCGCCUCCAUCUUCUGAGAUGGGCAGUACUCCAGCUGUACGGAGGAAGAAAGUGAAAGAUGUCUCAGAGUAUAUGAUUAGUGCUGCAAAGGAGAACCCCCAGUUGGCAGAAAAGAUCCAUGCUGUAUUACUUGAAAGUGGAGUUGUGCCACCACCUGACUUGUUUUCAGAAGAAUCAAAGGAACAACCAAAAGACCUGAUUGUUUACGACACAUCUGUAUUUCAAACGAAAGAUGAAAUGAUAAGGACAAUGAAUGAGCUUGAAUCCACAGCACACGACUGUUCUGGUGGCCAUGGUCCUCCAAUGCCACAUCAUCCUGGACAUGAGCUCAAGAUUGUUCCUUAUCGGACGCCUCUUGACCUUAAGCCUGUCCAGGGAUUGGGUGUUUACCAUCCAUUUGAUUCCCGGGAUAAUGCUGCUCCCUCUGUACCUCUGUCUGAACCAUCUGCACCUCCCCAGGAAAAUCCAUUACAACUUAUAAAGCAAAUGCCUGUUACAGCUGCUGCUGUUGCAACAGCUGCCGUGGUCGCGUCUUCAAUGGUCGUUGCUGCAGCUAAAUCUAACAGCGAUAUCAAACUAGAUGUGCCAGUUGCAGCUGCAGCCACUGCUGCUGCAGUUGUCGCUACUACUGCUGCUGUUAACAAGCAAUAUGAAUAUCUUGAUCCUGGUUGUCAAUUGCUUUGCUUGCCAAGUUCAUCAACCAAAUCAAUCCAAAAAGGUAAACAUGACUUGUUGGAAAACGAUCAGCUGGAUAAUGCCGUCGAGCAUGAAAAGGAUUCGGUUCAAGCACCUCAGGAAGCUGAGCGAGUUUCUGAUAGGUCAACUGGGACAGAGAGUGCAAGAUCUGAAAUUGCUCUGGAUGAUGUUGCAGAAUUUGAAAUCCAAUGGGAAGAUCUUACUCUUGGAGAACGUGUUGGGCUGGGAUCUUUUGGAGAAGUAUACAGAGGUGAAUGGCAUGGAACAGAAGUCGCGGUCAAGAAAUUCUUGCAACAAGAUAUUUCAAGUGAUGCUCUUGAAGAAUUUAGAACUGAGGUGGGAAUAAUGAGAAGAUUGCGUCAUCCUAAUGUUGUUCUUUUCAUGGGGGCUGUCACUCGUGUACCUCAUCUAUCCAUCGUGACUGAAUUUCUUCCAAGAGGUAGCUUAUUUCGGUUGAUCCAUCGGCCCAAUAACCAGUUGGAUGAAAGAAGGCGUCUAAGGAUGGCACUUGAUGUGGCCCGUGGCAUGAAUUAUUUACACAAUUGCACCCCUGUCAUAGUUCACCGAGAUUUGAAGUCUCCAAAUCUACUUGUUGACAAAAAUUGGGUUGUGAAGGUUUGUGAUUUUGGUUUAUCACGUAUAAAGCAUAAUACCUUCCUCUCCUCAAGAUCCACAGCCGGAACAGCGGAGUGGAUGGCACCAGAAGUACUUCGAAAUGAACCAUCAGAUGAGAAGUGUGACGUUUUCAGCUAUGGGGUCAUAUUAUGGGAACUUUGUACAUUACUACAGCCAUGGGAAGGUAUGAAUCCCAUGCAGGUUGUUGGAGCUGUUGGUUUUCAGCACCGACGACUUGAUAUUCCAGGCAGUGUGGAUCCUGCUGUAGCAGAGAUAAUCAAGAGAUGCUGGCAGACGGAUCCAAGGUUGCGGCCAUCAUUUUCAGAGAUCAUGGCUGCUUUGAGACCAUUAUUGAAAAACACGCCUGCUAACCAACCUACCAGAAAGCGGACACAGCAAACAGAUGAUUAAGAAUAUGGUGUACGUCAAAUGCAUAUCUGAUGAAAAAACAGGCGAAAUGUUGGUCCCUUUGGCCUCAAAAUACACAAUUAGGUUCUCCAUUGAAGCCAGAGGAGUCUAUCCAUCUGCCAAAAGCCAACCCAAAUAACACAGUUCAAUCGAACAAAAAGAAAACAAAGGGGGAAACGAAGUUGGUGAAGUUGACAUGCCAGGUAAACCAGGUCAUAGGCCUUACUUUUGUUAGUCCUCGACCUAAUGGAGUAUUCAUCUUUAAGGACCCAUCAAACUGUAAUGUUCUUCGACAGAAAGGUCAUUUCGCCCUUAGCUUCAAUCUCGAGUCUCACUUGCAGGCCCAUGUGUAUAUCACAUCCCAACAAAUUUGAUGUAAUUGGCAAUUAGAUUACAAAAGAACAUCUGUUGUUUUGCACUUAAAAUCACCAUUCUUGACAGGGGGAAAGCUGCCGAGCCUCUCUUCUUUUAUUCUUUUUCUUUGUGUACAACAAAUGACAUAUUGAGAGUAGGAGUAGACCACUAACUGAGACUCCAGCAAGCUGGUGCAACUGUGCAAGGUUUUAACACAAUGGGUUGUGCCCUGAAUCGAAGAAAAACUCCUGCAUUUCCCUC